AUGCUGGACGAGGACGCGCUGCAGACGCUGCUGGAGAUGUUCAAGUACCUUUUGCUGGGCACGAACGUCUUCCUGUUCCUCACAGCGGCCACGGUCUUCUUCACGGCCUCAGCCUCAGAGACUCCCGCGUCCUCGUCGGGCCCCGCGCAGCUCAAGCGGGCGCUCAUUGUGACCGCCCACCCGGACGACGAGAGCAUGUUCUUCCUGCCGUUGGUGCACUCGCUGCAGCAGCCUCAAGAGAGCAGCAACGACAAGUGGAUCACGCACUUGCUGUGUCUCUCCCGCGGCAACUUCGACGGCUUGGGGGAUAUUCGAGUGAAGGAGCUCCUGGCGUGCGCCACGUACAUCGGCCUGUCGACGGAUCAUGUCAAAGUACUCGAAGACCCGCAGCUCCAGGACGGUAUGAAGAACCAGUGGGAUGUGGCGCAUAUUGCCGCAGUUGUCACGGAGUAUAUGGAGAAACACAACAUCGACGCGGUGAGUAAUUAA